AAUUCGUAAUCGUUAAUAAAAGUAAAUGUAUUUAUUAAUGUUAACUUUUGGCGUGGCUUGGUGUGGCGCGGGGCGUGGUUUGCGGAUCGGGGGCGUGGUUAACGGAGCUGAUCCCUGAAGAGAAUCUGUGAACUCUGGACGCCGAUGCCCGAGCAAACUUCACAUUCAACCACCAACCCGAGACGACCAGGUGAAGCUUAAGUGACGGGCUGUUGUACGUGUGUCAAGGAUGAGUAUCGCCGGGCUGUCCCAACAUCUCUACAGGGUCAGCCAGCGGGCUGUUUGGCUGCACGGCGCACGACGGGUCUCCACCACCACAACAGGUAUAAUGUCCACGCAUACAAAUGCCAAGAGGAUCGAAGGACUUGACCACAACAUAUGGGUGGCCCUCACCGGCCUGGCCGCCGACCCCUCCGUGGUCAACCUGGGCCAGGGGUUCCCUGACCUCCCCCCCCCCUCCUACAUCACGGCGGCGCUGGCCAAGGCCGUGUCGGUGGACCGCAUGAACCAGUACACCCGCAGCUUCGGUCACCCAGCGCUGGUCAACGCCCUCUCCCAGGUGUACGGUAAGGUGUGUGAGCGCCCCAUCGACCCCCUGAAGGAGGUGCUGGUGACGGUGGGGGGCUACGGCUCUCUGUUCUGCACCAUGCAGGCCCUGGUGGAGGAGGGCGACGAGGUGAUCAUCAUCGAGCCGUACUUCGACUGCUACAUCCCCAUGGUGAAGAUGGCCGGGGCGACGCCCGUCCUCAUAUCGCUGAAGCUGAAGUCGGAGAAGCAGAGCGGGCUCACGAGCGCGGACUGGGUCCUGGACCCGGAGGAGCUGGCCAGCAAGUUCACCUCCCGGACCAAGGCCAUCAUCAUCAACACCCCCAACAACCCCACCGGGAAGAUCUUCACCAGAGACGAGCUGCAGAUGAUCUCCGACCUGUGCAUCAAGCACGACGCGUUGUGCUUCAGCGACGAGGUCUACGAGUGGCUCACCUACAAGGGCCACCAGCACAUCAAGAUCGCCACGCUGCCGGGGAUGUGGGAGAGAACCAUCACCAUCGGCAGCGCGGGGAAGACCUUCAGCGUCACCGGCUGGAAGCUGGGCUGGUCCAUCGGGCCAGAGCAUCUGGUCAAACAUCUGCAGACCGUGAUGCAGAACACCAUCUACACCUGCUCCACCCCUCUACAGGAGGCCGUGGCCCAGGGUCUCGUGCGGGACUACGAGCGUCUGGGUCAGCCCGACUGCUACUUCUCCUCGCUGGCGGCGGAGCUGGAGGAGAAGAGGGACCGCAUGGCCGCCAUCCUGCGGGAGGCGGGCAUGAACCCCAUCCUGCCUGAGGGGGGGUACUUCAUCAUCGUGGACGUCACGCCGCUCAACGUGGAUCUGUCCCACAUGCCAGACGAGGCCUAUGACCUCAAGUUCGUCAAGUGGAUGAUCAAGGAAAAGAAACUGGCCGCCAUUCCUGUGACGGCGUUCUGUGGAGAAGCGUCCAGGAGCCGCUUUGAGAAGUACAUCCGUCUGUGUUUCAUCAAGCGAGACGAGACACUGGACGCAGCAGAAGACAUCAUCAGGAACUGGAAGAACUAGGAGGUGAAACAUCUCACCGCUAACUCAGGAGGAAAUGAAGGCACAGAGAUCCUGACAUCCGUGACCUCAUAGCUACGGCCAUGCUUACUCGGGAGGUGAAUCAACUACCAUAGCAGAACUAGAAUGUGAAAAUAGUUUAUAUUUAUUUUGUCAUUGGACAAAUGCAAUGAAUCGAAGAGAAGAAGGAUUUGAUGGAAGAGGGCCCUGUGGUCUUCUAAAGUAAACCCUCUUCUAAAGGAUAUUCUGGGUCCAAACACCACUGUUCUGCUACAUCACACAUCGAUCUCGACUGCUGUGAAAUUUAGAAUUAAAGUGUGCCUUUCUGUACAAACCUUAUUGUCAUGUGAUCUCUCAUGGUCUCCUCAUCAUAGGCUGUUAUAAAAAUUAUUCGUUUCGACAAAUUUGACAUUUCCUUGCGAAGUAGUAUCAUUACUGGUGUGUAGCGCCCUCUGCUGGGCAGACUGGUUCUGCUCAGCGACUCGGACACCAGUCGCACCACAGCGCACGUGGUGUUGUUGCCCAUCAGAGAGACGGGAUCAUUGAUCCAAGAUGUAAGUUUUAGUAAGUUAGCUGUAUGUGUAAAAUAAAGUUAUCAAAGGUUGUUUCAUCUGAAGACCUGUGUUAGCCUCUACUUGGUCGAGAGACAUUUCAGUGGUUUCCAACAGCAACCCGGCGACGUCACCGAUCAAUCGAUAUGUCAUGGUGAGUAUCGAUGUCUUCUCUUUCCGAGCACACGUCAACGUUUGUUCAAAUUAGUUAAUUGGACUAAAGUUCGUAUUACAUCCGAAACGUUCACUGAACC